AUGGAGCAGCGGGCGAAGGCAAGCGAGGUCGACGGCACGGCUGCCCACCAUGGCGCCCCACGCGAGUUCCUGGGUGCAGACACGGCGGAGAAGCAACGAGGCGGAGGCGACGACGUCGUCAGCGGUGGUGGCGGCGCCGCAAAGCUGGAGAAGGAGGAUGCGAAGGAGAAGACGGCGGCGGAGGGGGUGAAGCCGCUGCCGCACAAGCAGGUUCGGCAGCCCAGCGAUGUGUACAACCCGGAGCUCGAGCGCCUCUGA